UAGAAGGGAAUGUCUUUAAUGAAAUAUUUUUUGCGGUACCAAGUCAUGUUUGUAUCACAAAAUAUUUCUAAUAAUGUAAAAAUAGAAAGCAAGCAAUAAAGCUUUGGUGGAGGGGGUGCGAAAAUGCAAUGAAAUCAAGCAAAUAGGGCGCACGGCCUCAAGUUAAACGGUGGCUCGUCUCGUCCUUAGUGUCUCGUUGGAGUUUCCGUGCAGAAUCCGCUAAAGCAACAGAACUAGAUGGAUUCCGACGAGUUUCGAUGCAGGGGAAAAGAGAUGGUCGAAUAUAUUUGCAAUUAUAUGGAGAACAUUCCGACGCGACGAGUUACACCAAACGUCGAGCCCGGGUACCUUCGAAAGAUAUUGCCGGACGAGGCUCCCGAAUAUCCCGAGGAUUGGGAGGCGAUUAUGGCUGAUGUCGAUGCGAAAAUUAUGCCCGGCGUCACCCACUGGCAGCAUCCACGUUUUCAUGCGUAUUUCCCGUCGGGAAAUUCGUAUCCGUCCAUUUUGGGAGACAUGCUUUCCGCUGGAAUCGGGUGUAUAGGAUUUUCAUGGGCCGCAAGUCCUGUUUGUACAGAAUUAGAGACGAUUGUGGUCGAUUGGCUUGGUAAAGCUAUAGGAUUGCCAGACGAAUUUCUAGCCUUGAAGAAAGGAAGUCGAGGCGGAGGAGUCAUUCAGACGUGCGCCAGCGAAUGCGUUUUGGUAACGAUGCUAGCGGCAAGAGCACAAGCGUUAAAACGACUUAAACAGCAACACCCGUUCGUCGAGGAAGGGGUGUUACUGUCCAAAUUAAUGGCGUACUGCUCGCGCGAAGCGCAUUCGUGCGUAGAAAAGGCGGCAAUGAUAUGCUUCGUUAAGUUGCGCAUUUUGGAGCCGGAUGAGAAGUCUGCGCUGAGAGGACAAACGUUGUCCGAGGCGAUGGAGGAGGACGAGGCGGCCGGUUUAAUUCCGUUCUUCGUCUCGACGACUUUGGGCACAACGUCCUGCUGCUCGUUUGACAAUUUGCCCGAGAUCGGAUCGGUCUGCAAGCGUUUCCCGUGCGUGUGGCUGCACGUGGACGCGGCGUACGCGGGAAACGCGCUCAUCUGUCCAGAGCUGAAGUACUUGCUGAAGGGGGUGGAGUACGCGGACUCGUUCAACACGAAUCCGAACAAGUGGUUGUUGGUCAACUUUGACUGUUCGACCAUGUGGGUCCGUGACCGGAUACGCCUGACAUCCGCCUUGGUCGUCGAUCCCUUGUACCUUAAGCACGGAUAUUCCGAUUCUUCUAUAGACUAUCGCCAUUGGGGCGUGCCCCUUAGCAGAAGAUUUCGUUCGCUUAAGCUCUGGUUCGUGCUGCGAAGUUACGGUAUAAGCGGCCUUCGCAAGUACAUUAGGCACCAUAUAGCAUUGGCGCAGAGGUUUGAAAGAUGCGUCCUUCAAGACAGAAGAUUUGAAGUUUGUAACGAAGUGAAGCUAGGUUUGGUGUGCUUUCGCCUGAAGGGUGCUGACAAACUCAACGAGAAGCUUCUCAGCAAUAUCAACGAAUCGGGAAAAUUGCAUAUGGUUCCCGCCCAUGUCAAUGAUAAGUAUGUAAUUCGAUUCUGUGCGGUCGCUCAAAAUGCCACGGAAGAAGAUAUUGAUCACGCCUGGGACGUAAUAACUGAAUUUGCAGCGGAGCUGCUCGAAGCACAAGCCGUCGACAAAGAGCAGGAACUCCAAGAUGAAGUUUUCGAUUUGAAUCGCAAACAGAAGGAGACUUUGGCUUACAAACGUUCCUUCUUUGUACGAAUGGUGAGCGAUCCCAAAAUUUACAAUCCUUCCAUCGCGAAAACCCUACCGACAGUUCGAAGGCACUACACCGAUACGGCAGGUUCUCCGGAGAAUAGCGCCCCCUCGCAACUUCCUCAUAGUGCUUCCUGGAUCAGUUGGCCUUUGGCGUUCCUAUUUCAGGGGAUCGCCGAGGACGCCGCCGGGAGCAACGUUCCAAUUCGAUUUCGCCAUUUAGACACGAAAGUCAGAUUGAAAACAACGUCAGGAAAAGACGUCGCGAACGGUGGAACUCCGUCGCCGUCGCGCUCGCCCGAAAGAAACAAGUCCCCGAAACGUUCGCCAACAGGAAAGGAGUUGGUCAAGUCCGGCAAUACGGAAAUCAGAAAACAUCCCUAGGGAUUGAUUUCCAAUCUCCAAUGACAAUACGCAAUGUUAGACGCAAUUACUUUCCCCGUGAACUCCCCUUUCAACUUAGGAAAUAUAUGAAAUAAAAAUUGGUUCCUAAUUUAUUUGAGUGUCACGUAGAACCCCACACUCGAUCAUCCCCACAUUCAAUAAAGGCAUCGUCAUGUCUACAAAAAAAAAAACGAAUAAAUAUUUCAUCCACGUAUUUUCGCACGAUAUUAAAAAUGUGUUCGAAGAAUGUAUUAAAAAUAAUAAACAAAUUACAACAGAGCGGGAUUCUAUAUCCGGAAAAGAACGACGUUGUGUUAAAACGUUUACGUUAAUAAAUUAAACAAACAAUUAUGGUCGUUUUAUGAUCCAGUUCAUACAAAAAUGUCAAAUUUUAGACGAGCGCGUUUUUGCUUAUUGGCAAAUUUGCGACUUUUGUGCAUUUAGCUGAAAUUCUAUUCAUAAUAGUCACAAAUAUGGCUACUUUCUUAAACCGAAACCAAAGGAGUAUUUCAAAGAACGCAAACGCAUUUCCAAAAAUAAAUACAAAAAUGCGUCUUGUUGCAGCUUUCUCCGGCCGUCCCGUCCGUACGACUGGCUGUGUCACUUUCAGAUCUUUAUGUUAAAAGAUAUCAACGUACUUUCUUCGCCACGGUCUCUCGGCUUCCAGAAAGAAAGAAGUUUUUUGUAGGUUAUUUGACCAAAGAAUAGCAAGUAAAGAAAAAAUUGAAAAUCAUAGAAAGAACAUUCUUAUUUAUUUUUUAUUUGAACGCCCACAGUGGCGGAUUGUUCCUAAAAAUUUGAACAAAUGUUCAUAAAUACCUUUAUUGUUUGUACACCAGGAGAUCUCGAGUUGCUUUUGAAAUUGGCCUCCAUGCACGGACCGAUCACAGAAUCCUUUGCAGUGCCAGACGCAGCAGCAGCACCGGUUGGCGCAUGGAAAACCACUUGAGCUUGAGCAAGUCUGGCGCAGUUUUAGUGCGUGUAUUUAGUCAUAGUGUGCAUAUUAGACAUAGUGGUCUAGCAGUGUAAGCUACAACGAAAUAAAUA